UAUUAACAUGCAUUUUACAUUUAUUCAUAAAAAUUAUAAUCAUUUUAAACAUCUUAUUUCCAAAAAUAGAUUCCAUAGAAAACUUGUUUCAUGUUGAACAAAAUGACCUGGAUUGGAAUAUGGCGAAUAAUAGAUGCAAUCAUCUCAAUGGAACAUUAGUCAGGAUCGCCGAUUUAGAAGCCACCAGCGGUAUCAAAGGCCAUGUUGAUUUAGAAGCAGUUUCGCCAUUUUGGUCGUCCGCUUCUGGUUUAUUUACUCCAUGGAUAGCGUCCAGAGGGUGCUACCUUGAACCGAAACAAAAUAUUUAUCGGACAAAACUACACAACAACACAGUUGGAAAUUGCUUUUUACAAUGUAAAACUUAUCUACCAAGCAGUUGCAAGUUUAUCGCCUUAGGGGGAGAGACAUGUUAUUGCCCUUGCCGUUUCCUAGACUGGAAGCUAGUGGACAGUAACAAGUGUAAUAUCACGUGCAAUGACGUCAAAGAUGAUGGAUACUGUGGCGGGAAUGGUUACAUUACCCUAUAUGAAGUUAACAGCUAUAACGGGAGCGGUGAUGGAUUCUGUAUGGGAUACAAAUGUGUAUCAGAGACAGACUUACUUAUUGGGCAGGAUUGUGACCAAAGGCUUAAUGGAUACUGCGUUAAUAGAUUAAUGAAGUUACAGAAACAAUUUAAUAAGACUUGGAAUGAUUACUCCAUGGCAUGCACAGAUCAACACCUUUACGUAACUGCUUAUUUUGAGAGAAUGCUUUCAUCUUCGCAUUGUAAAGACGCUUGGAUCGGAAUAAGAACUUACAGAAUUUAUCACAAUAACGAUAAAGACUGCUAUAAAAUCAAAAAGUAUGCAGGUGCAUGGCUAUAUGAAAAAAUAAGCUGCAGUGAAAAGCUUCCAUUUGUCUGCAAAAUUCCUCUUGGGUCUCAAAAUACGUCUGCAUUCCUGAAAACAUUUUCUCACACAAAAGAAACCGUGUAUUUAAUUGCUGGAUCCGUCACUGGAGCCGUUGUUUUACUUAUUUCUAUCAUUGUCAUCUCCGUCUUUGUCAGAAAAAAGAGAAAACCAGGAAAUAACUCGCUUAUCCCACCAACCAUAAGCCAUAACCUUCGAGAGUCUGAUAAUACAGUUGACACGGAAAGAUAUGUUGUUUGUAUGGCACCUAUAAGGAAGAAAAUUCGUGCAUACGAUCAGCUUAAUGCACAAAGUGUUGAUAACACCUACGUUAAUGUAUCAGAAACGAUAUUUAAAAAGUUUUAAUCUAGAGAGAAUAGCAGCUAGAUGAGCUUUCGACAUUACUUCGCAUGAGACUAGAAUACUUACUUUCGCUAUAUAAGUUUCGAGAAUGUACCAAUAACUUUUAUGACAAGAUCUUUGUCGGGGUACCAGCAUAUUUGAUCUCGACCCACUCUUGCAAAGAUUUACCGAAUAGGUUAUGAAUAGUUAAUGCUUGAACAUUGAAUUUUACAAACGUAUUUAUUGUGAUAAGACAUCUCUUGAGAUAAAUAAUUUUGACCUUGAUUUAAAGUUUAAACCGCUUCUAAGAAACUUUACAUUUGGUCAUACCUUUUGAACAGUUAAAACUAAGGCUUUAAUAUUUCACAGAUUUAUUCUUUGUGAAAAGUCCUUCCUCUAAAUUCCAACAGAUUUGUCAUAAUUGUCCUCAACCAUUUCGUUUGAUCUGCUUUUAAAAAUCUUUCAACGUAGCCAUACCUUAGGCUCACGAAAAAAUCGACACUAGGACUUCCUUAUUUCAUGGAUCUACUGUUUAUACAAUAAUUUUUUGCGAUUUAAUGCAAUGAAUCUUGCGUUUAAACGCAAUAAUUCUUCUUUUAAAGGGUUUAUUUUGCAUUUAAUAUUAAUGAUACUGUAGUUUUAAAAUCAGAAAUCAAUAAGCCAAUACUUAUUCACUAGGAUCUGACACUCCAAAGAAGAACCAUUUGGUUCAAUCUGUAUCUUUUUGCAAAAGGAAACCAUUUUUUUGAAAAUUGUAGUGAACGAUGGCAUUGUAACUUAAAAAUGUCUUAAAUGUGUUAUAUCUCACACUCUUAAGGAUGCCUCUGAUCAAUUAAUUACAAACCUCAAAUACUAGUAACUACGAUGGUUUCAUUGAUAUAAAUAGCACUUGUAAAUU